CAUAAUUUCAAUAUCUCCCAUUUCAUAAUUCUAUAGCAAUGUAUACUUCUACUAAAAUUUCAGAUGAUGCUAUAGUGAGAAGAUCUGCUAAUUAUCUUCCUUCAAUUUGGGAUUAUGAUUUUAUUCAAUCCCUUAGAAGUGAAUAUAUGGGAGAGCAAAACAUUGCAAAAGUGGAGAAGUUGAAAGAAGAGGUGAAGAUGAUGUUUAAAGAAGCAACAAGUCCUUUAAAUAAACUUGAAAUGAUUGAUUGCAUGCAAAGACUUGGUUUUUCAUACCUUUUUAAGAAUGAAAUAGAAGCAGCUUUGCAAAUAUUACACAACAAUUAUAUCCAUCUUGGUCAUGCACACAAUGAAGAGGAAUUACAUGCCACUGCUCUUGAAUUUAGACUGUUAAGACAACAUGGAUAUUUUAUAAAUCAAGAUGUUUUUACUAGAUUCAUGGAUGAGAAAAGAGAGUUGAAGGAUUGUCAUAGAGGUGAUUUGAAAGGAAUACUAAAUCUGUAUGAAGCUUCAUAUGUUUUGCUAGAAGGUGAGAAUGUAUUAGAAGAAGCCCAAGUAUUGUGUAUCAAACAUCUUCAAGAAUUUGUGAAAGAAAAAAAUAUUAUUGGUGAAGAAGAAUAUUUGGUAAUGCUAGCAAGUCAUGCUUUAAAGCUUCCUUCGCACUGGAGGAUGCAAAGGUUGGAGACCAGGUGGUUCAUUGAUGUGUAUGAGCAUAAUAAGGACAUGAAAAUGAAACCAACAUUUCUUCAGCUUGCCAAAUUGGAAUUCAACAUGGUGCAAGCUAUUCACCAACAAGAUCUCAAACAAGUCUCCAGAUGGUGGAAAAAGACUGAAUUAGGUGAAAAGUUGGGAUUUGCUAGAGACAGAAUGGUGGAGAUUUUCUUUUGGAGUGUGGGGGCAAUUUCCGAGCCUGAAUAUGGAUAUUCAAGGACAAUAUUAUCAAAAUUAGGAGAACUCUUAACAGUCAUUGAUGACAUUUAUGAUAUAUAUGGUAGCUUGGAUGAGUUGGAGUUGUUUACAGAUGCAAUUAUAAGGUGGGAUACGAAUGCCAUGGAUGGACUCCCUGACUAUAUGAAAAUAUGUUUUCUUGCUACCUACAACUGCAUCAAUGAAUUGGCUUUUGAUGUUCUCAAAAAUCAAAAUCUUCACAUUAUCUCUUACUUAAAGAAAGAGUGGGCAGGUAUAUGUAAGGCAUAUUUAUUAGAGGCGAAAUGGUAUUAUAGUGGAUACAUACCAAGCUUGCAAGAAUAUUUGGAAAAUAGAUGGGUUUCCAUUGCUAUGCCAUUGGUGUUCGUCCAUGCCUUUUUUACAAUCCCAAAUCAAAUUUCAGAGGAAACAAUAACAUGCUUAGAAGGGUCUCCCGAUAUGAUUCAGCUCUCAUCUUUGAUUUGUGGACUUGCAGAUGAUCUCGGAACAUCCUCGCUAGAGAUAAAGAGAGGAGAUAAUCCUAAAUCAAUUCAAUGUUACAUGCAUGAAACUGGAGCUUCAGAAGAAGAAGCUCGUAAACAUUUACGUUAUCUUAUUGGUGAAGCGUGGAAAAAAUUAAAUAAGGAGAAAAUGAAUAAUACUAUAUUCUCGCAAGCAUUCAUGGGACUACUAAUUAACAUGGCAAGAACAACUCAAUUUAUUUAUCAGAGUGGAGAUGGAUUCGGUGGUGAAGAUCGCAAAAUUAAGGAUCAGAUCACAUCUUUAUUUAUUCAACCCAUUACUAUGAUAGACUAAUCUAUAGUUCAAAAUAUACAAUUUUUUUCUAUUGUUUUUUGCUUGUUUAUUUGUAAAAUAAAAAGACACGUAUAAUAGAGAAUAUAUCUGCUGCUGCACCAAAGCUCUUCUCUUGCUGCUCAAAGCUUCUCCUGUUGCGGACUUGUAAUGGCCGACUGGAUACAACUAGAUAGGAGCUCGCAACAACUUAUUUAGUAUAGUGUAAAACGGCUAUUCAUUUUGUGUAUAAAUAUAGAUUAGAUUUCAUCUUAAUUAAUCAAAGUUUUGUAAUUCUAAAACUUCAAUCAAUAUAUUUCAGUUCUCUGUUUGGUUUCUGAUAUGGUAUCAGAGCAGGUCCGGCCCGGGAUCAUGCAUUGCCGCGUUUCAGAUUGAGUGUUUCUUUCCCGUUUAACUGUACUUGAUGUCCAGUCCCAGCAGU